UCUCGACGUUCUUCGAGCCAAAGGUAAGAGUUUGUAGAAGUACAUCACAAGACCAAAGAUGUCUGAGAAAAAAGGAAGGAAAGAGGAAGUGGUGACCAGAGAGUACACCAUCAACCUCCACAGACGCCUUCACAGCUGUACCUUUAAGAAGAAGGCACCAAAGGCUAUCAAGGAGAUAAGGAAGUUUGCAGAGAAAGCCAUGGGGACAAAGGACGUAAGGGUAGACGUGAAGUUGAACAAGCAAAUAUGGAGCAGAGGUAUCAGAGGUCCUCCCAGAAGGAUUAGGGUGCGUGUUGCCCGCAAAAGAAACGACGAUGAGGACGCAAAGGAAGAGUUUUUCUCACUUGUUACCGUUGCUGAGAUCCCUGCUGAAGGACUCAGUGGACUCGGCACUAAGGUCAUCGACGAAGAGGAUUGAGAAGGGACUAGUCUGUGACUAAGACAAGUUUUGGUGUUCUCUUAUUAGUUUCUUGUUGUUUUCGUUCAGAGUUUUCGUCUUUCUUUGUAGUGUGACUUCCAGUUUUCUUCUCCAAAGACCAAAAAGAUGAAUCAGAUUUGUGUUCUUAUCUUCUGGAUUCUGCUUGAAGCUUGCUUUUCUAGG